UCGUAAGAGGAAGUCCAUAUUACUCGCUUGACUAAUUAUUGAAUAUCAUCAUUCUUAACUCAAGCUUUCGGGCUGAAAAUCAUAGGAAAGUUUCAGUGAGCGGAGCCAAAGAGGUCAAAGCUUUUUUAAAGGAAAAUAGCAGUCAGGAAAAAGAAACGUCAUGUCACGCCAUGGCGCACUGAUUAUGAAACAUGAUGCUUUGAUAGAGUUGUGUUUAUCACGUUGCCUUGAGAGGUACUAGAAGUAUUACAUGUUUCAGAGAAUGAUAUUAGAUUGAAGUUCUUGCACUGGUAACCAACAUUACAGCAUAGAAAUGACUGAAGUCUGGACCAUAGUUGUUCUUACCUUCUUGAGCGCCAACUUGGCUCGUUACGAUUUUUCUGACACAAAAGCUUUUCGAGCCAACCAGGAAAAAGUAAAUUACACCGAGGCAGAUAAAGCAUGCAGAUCAAAAGACCACAGAAGUCAUCUUGCAAAAAUCAAAACCAUCGAAGACCUUCAGAUGGCUAAAAAUGUAUCAAAUACCACUAACGGCAUCAAGUAUUGGACGGGUCUCAACAUCUGGAAUGGUAGCUUGAAAUGGAGUGAUGGAAAGACGGCUGGUGAACAGCUUGUGAAAAUUGUGAAAAAUUAUAACAACACAGAAGCUAUGUCUAAGGAACCCAAGAUGGUCUGUUGUACUGUAACCCAUGAUGUACUUCUGGAGUGUACUAACUGUAGUGAGGAGCACGCCUUUCUAUGUGAAGACUUACAAGAUAAUAUCUUGCCUCAAGUGGAUUCUAAUGCUAGCUGCAUCCCAGCGCUUCCUCAAGUGAACGCCUCCGCCAAAAACGCUUCCUGUAUAUUCUACGAAUAUAAAGGCGAGUUUUGCAAGGAUAUAAUCACAAGUCUGUACAUUUAUGGUAACCAAAGUACAUUGAAGUUCGGAGAAGUGGAAACUGAGACGUUCAAGACCUAUUUUGAAUGGUUUGACAUCUCAGAAAAAUGCCAACCUAUAAUCAAAGAUUUAUAUUGUCGCUAUCACUUCCCGCCGUGUGAUGAGACGCUGGGCGAACCUAAAGAUCGAGGGCUUUGUCGCAGGUCAUGCAAGUAUUUAAUGGACGAUGUUUGUAAAAAAGAAGCGGAUGUUCUUAAAAAAGCAGUGACGACGUCCCCAGAUAUCGACUCAAAAAUGAUUAAUUGCUCUUAUUACAAACCAGCAAAUGGUGGAGAUGCCCCUGAGUGCUACGAGUGGCCUGAUAUCCCUGGUGACGAGACAAACAGCACAGAUUGUUACUAUGGAGUGGGAGUUGGUUACCAUGGUAAUGUGAACAUCACCCGGUCUGGUCGUACAUGUCAGUCUUGGAAAUCCCAGUGUCCUCAUCGUCACUGGCGGAUUCCUAAAGAUGUUGCUGAUUCCAAAAAUGACUCAAACAUGUGUCGUAACCCGGACAGCAGUGCCCCGGUUGGACCCUGGUGUUAUACCACUGACCCAAAUGUUCGAUGGGAAUAUUGCAACGUAUCUCGAUGUCCUCCAAGAGAAAAACCGCCACCGCCAAGAGACUUCGCAGUAAAGAAUGUGCAGGCAACUUAUUUAAUCUUGACUUGGAGGGAGCCCGAAAAUACCAGCAUUCACCAAAUACAAAGCUAUACGAUAGAAAGAAAGACAUCAAGAUCGAAAAACUUUACAGUAGUGAAGAUAGUUCAGCAUCCUGAGUCCAGAAUGGUUAUGGAAAAUUUGGAACCCGCUACCGAAUACACCAUUAGAUUAUCAAGCAGCAAUGUGUAUAGAAAGUCAUCAGAUGGUGUUUUGUUAACACAGAGCACACUACCAAACAGGUUUAUUAUGAAUUUAAUGCUGAUCAUAGUUUUGCCCCUGGGCAUAGCAUUUAUAUUCAUCGUGACUGUUUGCGUCAAGUUUGGAUCAAAUGGCAAUUCAAGGCCAAACAAAGUUUAUGAUGAGGCAGCUGAGAUUUCCAUUGGUCGCAACUGGGUUGAGAUUCGCAGAUCAGAUGUCACCCUUCAAGACAAGCUGGGGGAAGGUGCGUUUGGAGAAGUGUUUAAAGGCGUCGUGCGCCUAAAAGGAAAAUCUAGGGCAUGCGCAAUAAAGAAACUCAAAGAAAAUACUUCAGAAAAAGAGAGGGAAGACUUACUCAACGAGCUUCAAAUCCUGGUCACAGUUGGUGAACAUCCUAAUAUCAUAAGUCUUAUUGGAGCUUGUACCAAGUCUGGAUUAAUUUGGGUGAUUGUUAGUUUGGCUCCAAAUGGCUGUUUGCUAAACGAACUAAAGAAGAAUAGAGAAAAUCCAUACUACAAUGAUAUGAGAAAACCUGUCGGAUUUACACGCGUCGACAAAGUGAAGAUUGCCAGAGACGUCGCCUGUGGAAUGUCUUACCUCGCCAGCAAAAAGUGUGUUCAUCGUGACCUUGCGGCAAGAAACGUUCUUCUGGGUGACGGGAAUGUUGCAAUGGUUUCUGACUUCGGCUUGUCGCGUGAUGUGUACGAAAGUGGUGAAUACGAGUCUUUGUCCAGGGGAAUGUUACCAGUUCGUUGGAUGGCUCUUGAGUCUUUGGAUUUCUUCACAUUCAACACGAAGACAGACGUGUGGUCGUUUGGAGUGCUUCUUUGGGAGAUCGAGUCAGGAGGUAUAAUGCCAUAUUGCGACCUUGGAGGAGCAAUGGAAAUCAUAGAUUAUCUACAGUCAGGAGAAAUUUUAGCCAAGCCGGAUGGAUGUCCAAAUGAAUUAUAUGAUGUGAUGAAGUCCUGCUGGGAUAUGGAUCCGAUGAAACGUCCAUCAUUUACAGAUCUUUUGGCGUUCCUUGAGAAAGAACUUACUAGAAAAAAAGAAGAUUUGCUGAAAGAUAAGAACGUUUUUAAACCUGAGCUCAAUGGAAGUAUAAAUAUGUCAAUGGACCAGGGCGAUACAUGAACUAAGAUGGAAACACUAGCCGCAGCGCAAUCACAUAUUUGUUGUGACGUUCCCUUGUCUACAGUGAGGGAAAAGUUAAUAGUUAGGAAUUAGCAAUAACUCCCUCACACGGUAAAAUCAGUGCACAUACUGCUUAAAACCACAGCAUUGAGCAUUUACCCGAUACAUCGACUUUCUAUACCGUAACAUUGUAGUAUGAGCUAAUAUGUUUGUAUAGAAGUGAAGUUAUCAUUUUUAUCUGCACUAUCAUUAUUACUCUAAUUUAUAAAUUAGCCGCAUCUUUUCCCCUUUAUUCCCUGUUGUUACAUAUUAAGAAAAGUGUAAAAGCCAUUAAGACAAUACCAAAUAUUUUCAGGCUUUUGAUCUUGUUCUUUGCUUGGCAAUCAGUUUCUCAGCUGAUUAAUAGAUUUGGAUUUAUCAAAUCCUAUGAAAUAAAGUUCGUUGAGAAGA